AUGCAGAUCGUCGCACUCAUCACCUCCGCCCUGAGCAUUUGCUCCGCGGUCGUUGCGUCCAACCUCGAGGCCCGCCAGCUCACCCCGGCGCCGUCACUCACGCACCUCUACUCGCUCAACUGCACCCUGGACCCGGGGAUCAAUGUCGGCGACGCCCCGUUUGGAAACCGUGUCGCCAUCCCCAUUACCGGCGGGACAUUCGAGGGGCCCCGGAUAAAGGGCACCAUUCGCAACCUUGGAGCAGACUGGGGUCUGACUGACAAACGCGGCGUCUUCCACCCCGACACGCGGUACGGGCUGACCACGGAUGACGGCGCCGAGAUUUACAUUCGCACCUUUGGCUCCGCCCAGCCGGAAGGCGUGAUCUACCUGCACGGGCUAUACGAGACCGGGUCGGACAAGUACUGGUGGCUAAACGAUAUUGUCGCUGUUGGCGUCCUGAAGGCCGGGACCGGCUGGGUGUACAUUGACAUGUACUACAUGACGGACGAUGGAGUCGACUUGGUGACGCCAUAA